ACGUCAUCUUCGUGCACUACGUUCGUCGGUCGGCCACAUAAUCCUUCUGCGCUCAGCGGCACGACCGUGCCUAACAUCCUUGGUACCAUUUCUUGUUCCAGAAAUCGAAUUAUAGACUCCGAUGAUGAGAAUAGUGAAUAUUUGCGAACUGACACAAGCUCGAGAAAUCCAGAUACAACCAGGAUAGUCAACAAUGAUAUCAGUUGUAUCACCAAAUCUACCUGCGGAUUCUCCGCGAAUGUGUCGAUUAUACCUUUAAUACAAAAAAGACCUCUCAGCCUUGAAGGUUUCAGCUCUAGCCAAAGGUGUAAGAUAGGAAAUAGUCUUUUACCAAACGUGCCAAGCUUUGUACAACAGUUCUCUUCGAAAGUAUUUUGUGGGUCAUUUUCCAAGGAUGGAAACUUUUUUAUCACUGCCACUCAAGAUAAAUGGUUGUACAUAUAUCGAACGCACGAAAAAGGAUUUAACUUAUACAGUCAAAUGCUAGCACGUGACGUUGGCUGGAGUGUUCUGGAUGUAGCAUUCAGUCCGGAUGGUAACUACUUUGCAUAUUCAAGUUGGGCUGAUUGCUUAUAUCAAUGCCACAUAUCUGGAGAAUCGCUGGAGACACUGCCAUUAUCUCCAGGCGUACGACGAUUCUGUAUUUUCUCACUUGUUUUCUCAAACGAUGGCAGGGAGAUCUUUGGUGGUGCCAAUGAUAAAUGUAUUUAUAUAUAUGAUCGUGAGUGCCAACAGCGAGUUUUGAGGUUUGAGAGUCAUGAUGAAGAUGUGAACGGUAUAGCUUUCGCAGACGAUAGUUCGCAAGUCUUCUACAGCGUCAGCGACGAUGGAUUAUGUAAGGUAUGGGAUAGAAGAACGAUAAACGAAUCUAAUCCGCGUGCGGUUGGAGUGAUGGCCGGUCAUAGGGACGGGAUCACGUACGUUGAUUCACGCGGCGACAAACGGUAUUUUAUAACCAAUUCGAAAGACCAAUCCAUCAAGUUAUGGGACAUACGCAUGUCCUGCAGUAAUAGUGCCCAGCAAAACAUUCGCCGUUUUAGUCACGACUGGGACUAUCGGUGGCAGCCAGUGCCUCAACGAUUAUGGGUACCGGGCAUGUUAGAGGAUGAUACCAGUGUUAUGACAUAUUAUGGUCAUUCAGUCCGUAAGACUUUAAUACGUUGUUGUUUCUCGCCGCCAAAUACCACUGGUCAGAGAUUCAUCUGCUCAGGAGAUUCAUUAGGUCGAGUCGUCAUAUACGAUCUUCUGACGGGACAAGUAGUCCGCAAAAUGAAAGGUCAUGCGGGAUGCGUGCGCGAUAUUAGCUGGCAUCCUUACAAUCAUUACAUUGUUACCUCAUCUGUAAGUAAAAUUAAACUGCAAAGUUUUUACAUAGAAAUCUGUUAA